AUGAACUUGGAUAACCCUCAGCACGACGACUUUGUUGUAGUUCGUCGUGACGAAAGAUUUGGAGGAUUUGAAGAGCUCAAGCAUAAGGAUGGGAGUGCGGCUAACAUCCAAUUCUUCCGCAAAUCUGUUACACCGUUGAAUCAUCAGGAGUUUGAUGAUAUGUUGAAGCUACAGAAACAUAUUAUGGCGGAUAACCCCUUUGGCACUGUGUACCCUGUGUAUACUCAUGACGGGUACAAGUGGGUUCUCAUGUCCAUCGUGCACGAGGAGAAGACGCGUUCUUCUGCUUGA